AUGCCCGACGAGAAGAUCAAGUAUGAGCAGCUGCCCAUUCCUACCUACGAAGAAGCUACCGCGUCCCAGUCUGGCUCCUCGCAUCUGGGCCCCGAAUAUUCGAGCGAUGACUUAGAGAGGCAAGGCCUCCUCCAGCGUGGAGAACCCAGCAAUGGAGGGUACCAACCUCCAACCGUCGAAUCUGCUCGCUCCAGCAUCGAUUAUUUUGCCUCUUCAGCCCCGAGUUCAGCCCGCGAAUCUGUAGAAGACUUGCGGCGGGAGCUGCAUCAAAUGGACGUAGACGAUUCCGUUCCAUCUUCCUCAUCUCGAACCCGUCAUCCGUUAUUGCGCUAUCGAUUCCCCAAGCAUUUCUCCAAUCCUUUCUCCAGUUUGACAAAGACCCUCUCAUCGAUACAAUUACCCUUCCGAAAUGGCUUCCCUCGCUUCCAUUUCCCUCGCUUUUGGCGAGUCGGAGUUAGUGAAGAGGGUUUCGCUUGCAUGAUAUUACUUCGUCUCGUCGGUCUUCUCAUUUUAGUUUCUGUGAUCUAUCUCGUCUUCGUAUCCGAUCUCUUUUCCGUUGGUAGCCGGUUCAGCGUCGGCCAGUCCUAUACGGCGUCCUCGGUUGAGAAUUUUGUACAGGGUCAUAUCAACGAGACCAACAUUGCCAACAACCUCGAAAAAGCCACAAAAUAUACGCAUAUAGCCGGGACGGAGGGCAGCUACGCGCUCGCGGAAUGGAUUGAACAAGAGUUUAAGUUGGCGGGACUGGAAGAUAUAGAGAUGGAGGAAUUUCAAGUAUACUUGAACUACCCACGACCGGAUGGCCGCCGUGUUGCGAUCGUCGACCCACCGGAACUAGCCUGGGAGGCAGCAAUCGAUGAGGAGCAAGCAUAUAAAAAUCCACCACAACAACAGUCACUUGUUUUCCAUGGUCAUUCCAAGGCUGGGAACGUAACCGGUCCCCUGAUAUAUGCCAACUACGGCUCCCGCGAGGAUUUCAAACACCUUGCUGACAGCGGCAUCUCUGUAAAUGGAGCGAUUGUUUUGGUUCGAUACUAUGGCACUCAAGGUGACCGCGCGCUUAAAAUAAAGGCAGCUGAGCUCGCAGGAGCGGCGGGAUGUAUCAUUUACUCUGACCCCGCACAAGAUGGCUUUAUUCAAGGACCAGCCUAUCCAGACGGCCGUUAUAUGCCGAGCGACGGUGUACAGCGAGGAGGGGUGAGUUUAAUGUCUUGGGUUGUUGGAGACGUCCUAUCGCCCGGCUUUGCUUCAACUCCAAAUGAAAAGAAAAGGCUAUCGCCAGAGGAGAGCCCUGGUUUGGUCCAAAUUCCCAGUAUUCCUCUCGCCUGGCGCGAUGCACAACGCCUGUUACAAGUCUUGGAGGGUCAUGGGUCUAUGGUACCGGCCGAUUGGGUCGGCGGUGUACCUGACAUUUCCCAGUGGUGGACAGGCGAUCUGUCUUCGCCCAAGGUUAACUUGAUGAAUCUACAAGAUGAAGUCGAACGACAACCGAUUUACAAUGUCUUGGGACGGAUCACCGGUAUAGAACAACCCGAAAAGAAGAUCGUUGUCGGUAAUCACCGAGAUUCUUGGUGUUUUGGAGGGGUGGAUCCCGGCAGUGGAACCGCGGCUUUUCUGGAGGUUGUCCGUGUCUUCGGAGAGCUGAUGAGUGUCGGGUGGCGUCCUCUCCGAACCAUUGAAUUUGCAAGCUGGGACGGCGAGGAAUACAACCUGAUUGGCUCCACCGAACAUGUUGAGAAUGAGAUGGAUAAGUUGCGAAAGGACGGCAUCGCAUAUAUCAAUGUGGACGUUGGCGUUAGCGGGAAUUCUUUCGAAGCUGCCGGCUCGCCUCUCUUUCGACGGCUUCUUUAUAGCGCCAUGGGUCGAGUAGGAGACGAAGCGGCUAAUAAGACAAUCAAAGAAAUUUGGGACGAGAAAGGGAAACGUUUGGACGGGUUGGGUGCUGGUAGUGAUUAUGUUGCCUUUCAGGACAUGGCAGGCACUUCCAGCAUCGACUUUGGCUUUGGCGGUGAAUCUUUUCCGUACCACAGCUGCUAUGAGAACUUCGAGUGGAUGGUUAAAUUUGGGGAUCCCAAUUUCCAUUAUCACAAGAUGUUGGGCGAGCUGUGGGGGCUGAUUCUCUUGGAGCUUGCAGACAGUCCUAUUCUGCCUUUCGACAUGGAAGCGUACGCCGCCGAUUUCACAGGAUAUGUUGAAAAUCUCCAGGCAUACGCGCAAACGAAGGGUGUUCCGCUCAAAACCACCGCGCGAGAGGAACUGACCGAAAAUGUAGAUCUUCAGCCUCUACAUGAUGCGGCGGAUACAUUCAAGAAAAACGCGGCCCUCUUUCAAUCGUGGGAGCAGCUCUGGUACAACUCUAUAUAUGGAUCAGGGGGCUUUGAAAGCAAUAUGCUGGGUGUUCGACGAGUCGAGCAUAACAAUCGAAUGACCAGGUUUGAGACAAAUUUGCUUGACUUGUCUCAAGAUGGAGGUGUUAGUAUUUCUCGUCCUUUCACGGCAAUUUAG